GGAGGAACUGAUUAUGUGGAUGAUUAACUCUUCUUCUUCGUUUUAUUUAUUGAAUAACGUCACUCUCGUCGCUGAGCCUGAGCAUGGCGCACGCUACACAUCUCAGGUCACUCGCUGCAUUCCUUUCUGCAGAUUCUACUCACCAGAAGAAGCAUGGUUUAACGAACGAUAAUUCACCAUUGAUCUAUGGUGGCAGAACCGUAGUGUUCAGGAAGGGGAAUUGUAAUGCCAAUUAUUACAACUUUAAGUUAAAUUGCUCAAGAGAUAAAGAAAUGAAUAUCACCCCGGCAGCAUUGGCUGAUGGCGUUGCUGCGAGCUCAAGUGAAAUCGAGAUCGCACACAGCACUGAUGCGGUUGAGCCAAGUGUGUCAACGAUAUUGAUGAAUUUUUCCAACGAAUUUGAUCCUUACGCCGCAUUGAGCACACCUCUAUACCAAACAGCAACUUUUAAGCAGCCUUCAGCUACAGAGAACGGACCUUAUGAUUACACAAGAAGUGGAAAUCCAACACGAGAUGCUCUGGAAAGCCUUAUUGCAAAGCUUGAUAAAGCCGAUCGAGCAUUAUGUUUCACUAGUGGAAUGGCUGCUUUGGCAGCAGUUACUCAUCUUGUUGGAACAGGUGAGGAAAUAGUUGCUGGUGAUGACAUGUAUGGUGGUUCUGACCGUUUGUUGUCCCGGGUCACUCCAAGAUCUGGAGUGGUAGUUAAGCGUGUGGAUACAACAAAUUUGGAAGAGGUUGCUUCCAAUAUUGGCCCUUGGACAAAGCUGGUGUGGUUGGAAAGUCCAACAAACCCUCGCCAACAGAUUUCAGAUAUUCGUAAAAUUACUGAAAUCGCACAUGCUCAUGGCGCUCUUGUGUUGGUGGAUAACAGCAUCAUGUCUCCUGUCUUAUCUCGACCGUUGGAACUUGGAGCUGAUAUUGUGAUGCACUCAGCUACUAAGUUCAUAUCUGGCCACAGUGAUCUCAUGGCUGGAGUUCUCUCCAUUAAGGGAGAAAGCUUGGCAAAAGACCUUUACUUCCUCCAGAAUGCCGAGGGCUCUGGAUUAGCUCCAUUUGAUUGCUGGCUUUGUUUAAGAGGCAUCAAAACAAUGGCUCUACGUGUUGAAAAGCAACAGGAAAAUGCGCAAAAGAUUGCUGAAUUUCUAGCCUCACAUCCUCGGGUGAAAAGAGUAAACUAUGCAGGCCUGCCCGGUCAUCCUGGGCGAGAUUUACACUACUCUCAGGCAAAGGGUGCAGGGUCCGUGCUAAGCUUCUCAACGGGUUCUCUGGCGCUCUCAAAGCACGUAGUCGAGACAACCAAGUAUUUCAGCAUAACCGUUAGUUUUGGAAGUGUGAAGUCUCUCAUCAGCUUGCCGUGCUUCAUGUCGCACGCAAGCAUACCGGCUGAUGUCCGCGAAGCCAGAGGUUUAUCCGAGGACCUGAUCCGGAUAUCAGUUGGCAUCGAGGAUGUCGGCGACUUGAUUGCUGAUUUAGACCGCGCCCUGAGAACUGGACCCCGGUAAGUUAGCUAUUAUGAGUCUUAAGAUUGGUUAAAAGCUGUUUUUGAGAUAUGUUUUGUUUUUGUUUGCUUUGCUAAUUUUACUUCUCUCUAUUGAAGAAAGUGACUAUUUUUUAUAUUGAAUUUUCAUAAAAUAAUCUUAUACUGAUCAA